UUCUCCGGCUGACCGCGGGACCCGGCUCGUGCAGAGGAGGGGGGCCGAUCGCUAUGGAGUAUUUCAUGGUACCCACUCAGAAGGUGCCCUCUUUGCAACAUUUCAGGAAAACAGAGAAAGAAGUGAUAGGAGGGCUCUGUAGCCUUGCCAACAUUCCACUGACCCCUGAGACUCAGCGGGACCAGGAGCGGCGGAUUCGGCGGGAGAUCGCCAACAGCAACGAGCGGAGGCGUAUGCAGAGCAUCAACGCGGGCUUCCAGUCCCUCAAGACCCUAAUCCCCCACACAGAUGGAGAGAAGCUCAGCAAGGCAGCCAUUCUCCAGCAGACGGCAGAGUACAUCUUCUCCCUGGAGCAGGAGAAGACCAGGCUUCUGCAGCAGAACACACAGCUCAAGCGCUUUAUCCAGGAGCUGAGCGGCUCAUCCCCCAAGCGGCGGCGGGCAGAGGACAAGGACGAGGGCAUCGGGUCGCCAGACAUCUGGGAGGACGAGAAGGCGGAGGACCUGCGCCGGGAGAUGAUCGAGCUGAGGCAGCAACUGGACAAGGAGCGCUCGGUGCGCAUGAUGCUGGAGGAGCAGGUGCGCUCGCUGGAGGCCCACAUGUAUCCGGAAAAGCUCAAGGUGAUCGCACAGCAGGUGCAGCUGCAGCAGCAGCAGGAGCAGGUGCGGCUGCUGCACCAGGAGAAACUGGAGCGGGAACAGCAGCACCUGCGGACCCAGCUCCUGCCCCCUCCGGCUCCCACCCACCACCCCACAGUGAUCGUGCCGGCACCACCCCCUCCCUCCCACCACAUCAACGUUGUCACCAUGGGCCCCUCCUCGGUCAUCAACUCUGUUUCCACGUCCCGGCAAAACCUGGACACCAUCGUGCAGGCGAUCCAGCACAUCGAGGGCACCCAGGAAAGGCGGGAGCAGGAGGAGGAGCAGCGGCGAGCGGUCAUCGUGAAGCCGGGCCGCAGCCUCCCUGAGGCCCACGCCUCUGACACUGCCUCCGAUUCGGAGGCCUCGGACAGCGACGCCAUGGACCAGAGCCGGGAGGAGCCAGCAGGGAACGGGGGGCUUCCCUGACCACCCCCCAGCCCUCCUUUCCCUUCUUGGGGCUGGAGGGGGCCGGUGGGGCAGCAACAGGGAGCAACGCAGGUGAACGAGUGAGGAAUUUUUACAAAAUUACGACGUCAUUUGGGUCUCUUUUAUGACCUCUUUUUCAAUACUGUAAAUCCACCUUGGAGCGAAGCCACCUGACCUGAGGUCCCGGGGGCUGGGGUGGCAGGAGCGCGUGGGAGCACCGGGACACCUGGGGCUGGGCCUCGCCCCGGAGGCCGGGGGAAGCUGACACAGGUGCCUGGCCUCUCUCCGCCAAAAAGCAUUUUUUCAUUUAAACAUGUUUUUAAGAACAGGGAAAAUCAAACAAAACCCCAAGGUAUUCUGCCCUCCCCAGAGCCAGCCCUAGAUGGUCAGUUUUUGACUCCUUCCCUCCUCUUUUUGGUUUUUUUCCUUUCUCCUUUAAGCACUUACAUGGGUUGGGGGUCUGGCUGGGUCGGGGCUCUCCGGGGGCCCGGGGGUCUACGAUGCUUCUCGGUUGGGGUUUGCUGCUGCCCUUCUCCCCUCCCCUCCUGGCCUCGGCUCAGCACGAGGAUUCGCCACUCCCCACCACCACCCAGCCCCAUCUCUCCCUCCAGGUUUCCCAUCUUCCACCCCAAAAAUGUCUUUGUCUCUCUCUCUUUGUUUUGUUUGUUGUUGGUUCUUUUUGGUU